GGUACGUUUUGCACGUCGGCGGGAGGAAAUGGCGGCAACUGCUGGAGAAGACAAAAACGGUGGGCCUGCGCUUUAUGAAAGAAUAGAGCCGUUUCCCGAGCUGAGUCCGGAGGCUCGACUGAUGACUAGGAGGAUCCCCUUCGCUCGCCUGCGGGGCUACGGCUCCCAGCCGAACGUGUCGGGAGCCAGAGCUAAAGUGGACACCAGAAAUCGGAGCUACAACCACUGGCGUUCGAAGUCUGCCGGAGAUGGGACGAGUGGUGGGAAAGGGAGAGGAGUGAGCCUUGCCAAGGCAGACUACAGUCGCAUUCAAUCCAGGGUUGAUACUGGCAGAAAACGGGCCAAUACUGAUGUGAUGGAGAGUAAGAAAUCAGACAAAGAAACUCAGCUCGUGACACUUGCUUCACAGCUGUCGGCCGCCCAGCGCAGAAUGACGAAACUGAAAAGAGCUUCUACGCUUCCUUUCACGAGAACAAGUGAGGCAGUACCUACUCACGGAAACACCAGGAACAGAAAGGUAGUGAACUAUCAGCGAUCAUUCAAGGAGGUGAAAUCUCGUGUGGACUGCAGCGACCCACAUCCGCAGGUCACCAAACAGACGCACUCACUGAAAGAACUCCAAAUCGUGGGAGACUUUGACAGAAAAUCAAUAAAUCCUCGAUUUCUCCACCAUCGUCUCCCGCACCAACUCAUAAACUCUGUGAAGUCGCACAAGUUUAGCUUCCCAGCUACCACAACUACACCGAGUGCUCCUACUACUACUGGUGGUAAAAACUGUGGGAGGUGCUCUGAAACUGAACAUUGUACCUCAGAAGAGGUCGCUUUGACAUUGAUUGAGACCGAAACUCGAAAGCUUUCCCCGAAUAAGGAGGGCAUGGAGGUGGUGAGAUCAGCUCCAUUAGUUGCUUUCAAGACAGACACAACAGUGGUACGCGAGGAAGAAGAGGUUGUGAGGAGUCGUGGUAGGGAGGAGGUAGGGAGCGAGACAAGGGAAGAAACGAGAGGUUCAGUGUCGUCUUCGGAAGGUGUGGGAGUCAACCCAGAGUACAGCAACAUGGACGUAGACAUGGAUGCCUUCUCUGAGGCCCAGACAUUUGCCGGGAGCACAGAAGGAAGAGGGGAGGAGAGGGACGAGAUUGUUGGGUUUGAAGUGAGCGCAGAUUCCACGCAGACCACUGUCAACCUCUUCCACCUGUUUGGUACCAAGAACAGAUCCACAGAGGAGAUGAGAGUCGAGUACGAGGACAACCAACUGUGGGUCAUUGGAGAGGAGGACGAGGAGGGGGCGGAGUCGGGGGCGGAGUCAGAAUCAGACAUGGAAGAGGAGAUUAGUUUGGACGGAGGGGUCGUGGAGAGAUUCGUGUCAGUUCCGCAGCUGUUUGUAGUGGACGAGAAUGACACGGUGGUGGAGAAGGUGAAAACGGGGAGGAGGAGGCAAUCAAGGGGAUCCCUGUCAUCUGAGGGGUUAACAACUUCUGCUGCCGUGUCAGUAGAUAUGAGUACUCUCGCACGGGAACUCGGAUUCCUCGCUCGCAGGAACCUGGCCCAGAUCCUGGACCACCAUUCCAGUACCGGAAUGGACUGGAGAGGGCUGGUGGACCAGAUGGGCUUCUCUUAUGAGAUGAACAUGCUUCUCAGCACUCGGCAGUCCCCAACACUAUCACUGCUGGAGGAGUGGGAGAGAGUUCUCGGUGCUGAAGCUACUCUGGACAAGCUGAUAGAACUAGUUGGCUCACUGGGCUGUAAGGAGGGGGUGGACGUACUUACGAAAGCAAAAGCUGAGAAGAAGGUGAGACUGGACAGCAAAGGUAGCCUCCCUGGCUCCUCGUCUGAUUCAUACAACACUUCACCUCUUUCCACCUCACCUCUUCGACAUCACAAUGGUACAUCGAUGCCCACCAACAGAUCUUCUGUAGCUGGGCCUAGUCACAUGACAUCACACGAGCAUCACAUGACCCCAAAUAGCCACACCCACAGUGGUAUUGAUCCGUAUGUGCUGAGUCACCACAUGGAGAAAUUGCAGAUUGACAACAAACUGCAGAGGAGUUUGGAUCUCGUCAGGAGCAAACAGUUCGACGUAUUCUUGUCAUUCUCGAGAGAAGACGAAGAGUUUGCCGAAGAGGUCCGUUCCCGGCUGGCCACGCAGGCACAAAUGAGGGUGUUUGUACCUUCAGAUGGCGGAAACUAA